AUGGCGACCACGACGCAGGAUCCUAUCGAGCCGAUUACGGCGGAGCAGCAUGCUGAAGAGGAACAUGAGCUUGAGUCGUCAGAUUUUGACUCGGCGACUUUGUCUUCUAGUUCGACGAGUUUGAACACGAGUAUUUAUCAACAUGCUUUUGAGAAUGGACGACGGUAUCAUCAGUAUCGUCAUGGAACUUAUCCCAUUCCCAAUGAUGAUGCUGAGCAGAAUCGCGAUGACAUGAAACAUGCCAUGAUGCUGGAGCUUACAGAUGGCAAAUUGUUCUUCUCGCCCAUCGUCAAAAAUCCCCAGAAGAUCAUCGACCUGGCCACCGGAACAGGAAUCUGGGCCAUCGACGUCGCCGACAAGUUCCCCAGCGCUUCAGUAGUAGGUGUAGACCUCAGCCCAAUCCAGCCCUCCUGGGUCCCCCCAAACCUAAAAUUCCUAGUCGACGACAUCGAAGACGAAUGGAUGCACGGCGACGACUUUGACUUUGUGCACAUGCGCUGCAUCAGUCCUUGGUUGAAGGACGAAGUCAAGGUUCUCCGUCAAGCCUACGAGUAUAUCUCCCAAAACUUCCCUCUCACCAACAUACUGACAGAGCGCAGACAUAUGAAGCCUGGCGCUUGGAUCGAAAUCCAAGAACUAGACGCCCGCGCCAACUGCGACGAUGGAUCCCUUCCCAAAGACGCACCACUAGCCAAAUUCUUCGAUACGGCUACCGAAGCAGUGGCUUCCUUCGGCAUGAAAUUCCGCGCUGGUGAGAAUUUGCGUGAACCGCUUGAGAAGGCAGGAUUUGUCAAUGUCACCUGCAAAGUCCUCAAAGUCCCCAUCGGCACAUGGGCAAAGGACAAGAAACUCCGACUCAUCGGGCUUUAUCUCAAGACUGCCGUGAGUGACAUGUUCGGUGCCAUGGCAGCCAAGCCGUUGCGCAAAGUCAUGGGUCCAGAGGAAAUUGAAGUCUUUUUAGCUGCUGCGCGAAAGGAUUUGCACAACGUGAAUUAUCAUGCUUAUGAGAAUUACUAUUUCUGGAUGGGGCAGAAGGCUGAGUGA